UCGUGCGGUGCACUUCGCCCGAUAUGUCCGCCGUUAAGGUCCACAUUUGCUCGGCAGGAAUGCAGUAGGCGGGGCUGCCAAGCUAGUGUCAAACUUUGGGAAUGACAGGAGUGCUGCAGGAUCUGCUAAGAAAGGGAAGUGUCGCCUUUGUUGGCUGUGUUUGGAUAACUUCUUUUUUUCUCGCACCGUGUCUGGGUUCACAACCAAAACGGAGAGACACUACGGUCUCAGUAGACUCUUGAACCACCAUGUCGGAGGACCCGAGCUCCCAACCCUGGUCCAUCAACAGAGAUGAUUAUGAGCUACACGAGGUGAUUGGAAGUGGGGCCACCGCUGUGGUUCAAGCGGCCUACUGUAUUCCCCGAAAAGAGAAGGUGGCCAUCAAACGGAUCAACUUAGAGAAAUGCCAGACCAGCAUGGACGAACUCCUGAAAGAGAUCCAGGCCAUGAGCCAGUGCCACCACCCAAAUAUAGUGACUUAUUACACCUCCUUCGUUGUAAAGGAUGAGCUGUGGCUGGUUAUGAAGCUGCUCAGUGGCGGUUCUAUGCUGGAUGUGAUCAAGCACAUCAUCUCACGUGGGGAACACAAGUCGGGCGUCCUCGAUGAAGCCAGCAUCGCCACCGUGUUGAAGGACGUACUGGACGGUCUGGAGUACCUGCACAAAAACGGACAGAUUCACAGGGAUCUUAAAGCCGGGAACAUUCUGCUUGGAGACGAUGGUUCGGUGCAGAUAGCAGACUUCGGCGUCAGUGCCUUUCUAGCUGCUGGUGGAGACAUGACUAGAAACAAAGUGCGGAAGACGUUUGUGGGAACCCCGUGCUGGAUGGCCCCAGAGGUCAUGGAGCAGGUGAGGGGCUACGACUUCAAAGCAGAUAUCUGGAGUUUUGGGAUCACCGCAAUCGAGCUUGCCACAGGCGCCGCACCUUAUCACAAAUACCCACCCAUGAAGGUCUUAAUGCUGACCCUGCAGAACGACCCACCAACUUUGGAGACCGGCAUCACGGACAAGGAAAUGGUAAAGAAAUAUGGCAAAUCCUUCAGGAAGAUGAUCUCUUCGUGUCUACAGAAAGACCCAGAGAAAAGGCCAACGUCAUUGGAGUUGUUGAAGCAUAAAUUCUUCCAGAAAGCUAAGAACCAUGAAUUCUUACAUGACAGACUACUGCAAAAGGCACCCACAAUAACGGAGAGGUCAAAAAGGGUGCGCCGGGUGCCAGGUUCCAGCGGGCGUCUCCAUAAAACGGAGGAUGGCGAGUGGGAGUGGAGUGAUGACGAGCUCGAUGAAGAAAGUGAAGAAGGCAGAGCAGCUGUUGCAGCUUUGAGGUCGCCAAGAGUGAAGGAGGGACCCGAGAACUCAGAGAUGUUCCAGACUCCAGAGUCUUUCACCAGUCAACUGCAGUUGGUGGAUGCAGGUCAGACUGAACUACCUCAGCCCCCACCUGUCAACACUCAACCCCCCGGUGAGGCUUUGCUCUGCGUUCCUCCCACUCAGAUUUCCUCGUCCUCGGGCAAUGUUCAGUCUCCCAUCAGUUUAGUCCUGAGGUUAAGAAACUUAAAAAAAGAACUAAACGACAUCCGCUUUGAGUUUAUGCCAGGGAGAGACACAGCAGAUGGCGUCUCACAGGAGCUGGUGUCUGCAGGUCUGGUGGAUGGGAGGGAUGUAGUUAUAGUUGCUGCAAAUUUGCAGAAAAUAGUUGAUGAGCCUCAAAGCAAUAAAAGUGUCACUUUCAAACUGGCCUCCGGAACUGAGGAGGUUCCAGAUGACAUCAAGCUGAUGGGCUUUGCUCAGCUCAGCAUUAGUUAAACUGUUGCUCUACUUGGAACCGUGACUUGCCUAAAAAAAUGUGAAAAUAAAAAAAAAAAAAAAAAAAAAAGAAAAGACAAAAUUUGUUUCAUGCAUUUCCUUUCCUUUCCAUGGCUGUAAAGAAACCACUACUGCCAAAGAAAAACCAGACCAGUACAGAACAGCGCCUGGUUGGAGUCGGGUGGUCAGCAGAUGUUUCGUUUGUUGUGAGAAUCACACAGGAAAAGUUUACAGUGUACUUGUAGAAGAGUGAAAGCAUCUACACGUAACUAUUUAAUCAUUCUGGCUUUCCUCACUCUGAUAUUUUCUUUCUAACGUGAUGCAUUUGCACAAUCCGAACUAAAGCCCUUGAAUCCUAAUAAAUGUAACAAUGCCUUAGGUUCAUCAGAACUACUAAAUGCACGAAGUGGGAAUAUUCCCCGUUAUCUGUUGUCUGAAGUGUCCACAUGUCCACAUGCGGGUGCUGCUGCCAAACAUUUCACUUUAUUUUGAAAGGUCACAAUCGUUUUACAGGAUGUGAUCCGUGAGAAUGAAAAAUGCCAGGAUGCCCCAUCUUUACGAUUUUAACUUAAAAAUUAGGAUUUUCUUUCUAUUAAUAUUAACAGUGACAUCUAAAAAAAAAAUUGUUAGAAAAGUAAAAAUGAAUCAUUUUGGUAGAUUUUCACAUUAAAAAGGCAGGAUUUUAGCUUAGCAAAAACUACAAAAGUGGGCAGACACAUCACAAACAGGAAGCCUUGUGUUUUUUGAAACAUUUAAUUGGUAUGUCUGUUGCUUACGCAAUUCUGUCAGAUGAAAGGUUCUGUUUGGUCAAAAGUGGCUCCUGAAUACUAAAAAUUAAGGUAAAAUGUUGUGCAGCAGCUGAAACUUUGCGUCUUUGAGGAAACAGUUUCACAUAAUCUUAACGAGAAAAAGAUUUGAGUGCAAAUUCGUUUUUGUGAAUGAAAAGGUCUGAUUUCUAGUGUGUAAAUAAAACAUUAAGCUUCUUUUUUGGUCUGAUUAAGUCGCCAAAGUUUCUUUUUUUUUUUUUUGGCCUAGAGUUUCAGCCCUCUGCUGUGGUCACAAGCUGACGCUGGCGCAGCCUCACACAAAUUAAAAAGUGUCGCAUUUUUUAUCCUUUUGCCUUUAAAAAGAAAAUUCUACUGUGGUGCCAAAGCUGUCCUGAAACACCUCCCUGCAGUUUAAGCGAACCUCUCCUGGUUUCUUUGAGCUAUUAUACAACUUCAAACACCUGUUCUGCCCUUUUUUAUUUUUUUAUUUCAUUAAGCAAAAGCCCAGCCAUGAUUGUAAACCAUAUGAAUGAUUAGCUUUGAAUUGUGAUGGAAAAAAGGGCAGUUAAGAGCACAGAUGUUGCACAUGUGACUGCCUUUUAUUGUGAAAGUAAAUGUGUCUUGCAGUUUGGCUGGAAACAAAACCACAGCAGGAGAUUCAUUUAUUGUUCCACUGAAAUGUGAAGAUCUCAGAUCCCAGCAAGGUUUUAAUAUUCGGUUGGUUUUAAUGAUAGUGUCAUAACUCUGCAGUUGCCAUAUUAAAUGAAAUGUAAUAAAAAAAAAAUUGUCUUGCAGAUGAAAUGUUUAGGAGGGGAAAUGUUGUAUUUUGAUUAUGAAGAUGUUAAAAGCCUUAAACAGAUAAUGAAGCCCCCCCCCCCCCCCCCCCCCCCACACACACACACCCCAACCUUUUUAUUUGGUUUAUUUUGAAGUUUUGUUUCAGACCUUUAUUGUCUGCCUGUCACAUGUAAAGAUUUACUGGAAUAAAGAUCUACAGAUUGAUCUUGUGUUUCA